CGGAAAAGCAGGCGAGCCACGCACAGUGGUCGUACAUUUUUAUUACAAGUGUAUAAGGUACACACCUAUCUAUCAUUGUCAUCGUAAUCAACAAUCAACACCAGCAGAACCGAUAGUUGUAACAAUUUAUUAUAUCAGUGCGCUGCACCUGCACGGCGUGACGGCAAAGUCAACGACGACGGCAGCUCCCGAAGUUUCUCGCAGCCGAAGGGUUUAAUGGAUCCUAAGAUCGGUUGGUAUCAGCCGGAGCAGUUCGGACCCGCGAAAGAUUUGUGGUUACAUAUUUGGGAGACCGGUAAGGAGCUGGACAACCUCAGCAUUAAGCAACAACAGCAGCAGCAGCAGCAGACAUCACACGAGAACAACAGCACGAACACGCAGCAUCAGAGCGCCAAUACGAUGAACUCGAAAGGCUCGCAGGAUCUUACCCCACAAUUCAUACCCCUGGAGUCGCCGAUACAGCGACAACUGGGCGACGAACAAAACAACAUACGUGUCAAUCAACAACACAACAACAGUUACUACAACCCAUCCAGGAGGAAAAACGAUAAUCGCGCUAGAACCUACGCCAUGAACUACAACUACGAGGCUCUUGUUGGGGUCUUUGGCGGCUGCCCCUGGCGGAUUCCUGGCAAACACUACUCCAAGGGCGUCAUAGGACUGCACGAGGAGAUUGAAGACUUCUUUAUGUACAUGUGCCCUUCGACUGAAGAACACAGUCUCCGUUUGAGAGUGGUCAAUAGAAUAGAAACUGUAAUAAAUGACUUGUGGCCAGACUCAAAGAUGGAGAUAUUUGGAAGUUUCCGCACUGGAUUAUAUCUACCCACAAGUGACAUUGAUCUAGUUGUGAUAGGCAAAUGGACAAAUCUUCCACUGCACACGCUCGAAAGAGCAUUGAUUGAUCAAAAUAUUGUUGAGCCAUCUUACAUCAAAGUAUUAGAUAAAGCAUCAGUUCCAAUUGUAAAACUUACGGAUAAAGAGACUGAAAUUAAGGUGGAUAUUAGCUUUAACAUGAGUAACGGUGUCAAGUCUGCUGAAUUGAUUAAGACUUUUAAGGCACAGUACCCUGCUCUUGAAAAAUUGGUUAUGGUACUCAAACAGUUCUUACUACAAAGAGAUCUCAAUGAAGUGUUCACGGGUGGUAUUUCUUCAUAUAGCUUAAUUCUUAUGACUAUUAGCUUUUUACAGUUGCAUCCAAGAGUAAAUAUUGAUAGUCCAGAUGUAAACUUGGGGGUGUUACUAAUAGAAUUUUUAGAAUUGUAUGGCAGAAAGUUCAAUUAUGUCAAGACUGGCAUUCGUGUGAAAAAUGGUGGUACUUACAUAUCAAAAGAAGAAGUUCAAAAAGAUAUGAUUGAUGGACACAGACCAUCACUACUUUGUAUAGAAGAUCCACUUACUCCAGGUAAUGAUAUUGGACGAAGCAGUUAUGGAGCGUUGUAUGUGAAGGAUGCCUUUGAUUGGGCAUACUAUGUACUGUCUCAAGCUGUGAACCCUCUCAAUAUUUUAAUUAAUGAUGCCAACAAAGUUAGUAUACUGGGAAGAAUAAUUCGAGUAACAGAUGAAGUAAUAGAGUAUCGAAAAUGGAUCAAAGAAACGUUCCCCGUACCUCUAGAAAUAGAUUCACUUUCCAGCUCUACUGGUUCUGAUGCAUCCACACUUUCAGCUCCUGCAAGUGAAUCAGAAUCGGAGUGUAGUAGAGGAAAUUCGCCAAACACUGGUGAAAAAGGUGAUGAAAGAAACAGAGAAAGGCAUUUAUACAAUAAUCAGCAAACUCAUGGCCAUAUUCCGUAUAAAAAGUCAUACAAACCGACACACAGUAAAUAUCAAAAAUUUAUAAAUCAUCAAAAUGUACGAGGGGAUUUUCCACGUGGCAUAAAUAAUCACGCUAAUCAUAUUAAAACGAAAAUGAACCAUCACAAUAGUAAUAACAGUAAUCAAAGCCCUGGUUCAAGACUGCACUCAAUGAAACGCAAAAAGCAAUGCAUUGCAACUAACCGCGGACCGGGUGAUUGUGUACGGUGAUGAAGUAUAAUCUAUAAUUUUGCUUAAUUUCUCCUUCAAAGAAUCAAUUCUAAUUGAUUCCGGUAAUAGCGUUUGCAGGCCAAUGUUAUAACAAGUCGAUAAGCGUUUUUCAUAAAAUUUUUUAUCGACGUUAAAUUUUUGUACGAAGCAUUUGAAGUUUUAGUGCAUGAAUACUUUUUCACGCCAAUUUACAUGCAAUGAGAACGACUUUAUGUUGACCUAUGUAAUUGACGUUUGCAGUAUGUGUACUGUAUUUUAUAGGAUUCUGACGUUUAGGCAAUAUAAAGGAAGAGUAAAGAGUAUUGACUCAACCUGCUACCGCAGGUAUAAAGCUAAAACAAUUUCUUUUGCAUUCUAUUAUUUAUAACUUCCUUAUUAAUAUGCUUAAAUUUUAUUUGAAAGAACAUAAAUACUGCACAUACUUUGAAGAAAACUAGCAAUUGUGUUCAGCUGUAUCGCGUGGCGUAACUUUCGUAAACGGUCUGUCUGGCACUGGAGUACUAAAACAAUUAUAACUACUCUAAAUAAGACUGCGCGAUGUAUGCCAGUAGCAAAUAAAAAAAAUAUUGUACGAUAAAGACUUAGUUUUCUAAAUGGAACUAUAUUCUUAUAAAAUAAAAUGGAAAAGCUUGAUAAAGAUUUUUAAAAAGUCAUUAAAAAAUUUAAAAGUAUGGUGAUAACUCAGGACUUGCCUAAUGUACAUAUGUAAUAUAUAAAAAAAAUUUUAAAAAAUAAACAAAAAAACAAAAACGAAAUAAUAAAAAGCAUUAAGAGUCUUAGUCUUAUUUUUUUAUUUAAGUGUAACUUAUGAAUGAAAGGGUACUUUGACUUGGAUAACUUCUUUUUUUCUUGAUUCCUCUUUUUUAUAUCGAUGUUGAAUUUUGUUGACCGCACUUGAAAUAACGUGUACAAAGUUAUGGAAGACUUAAGCUAGAGCAGUCUUUGUAAAUUUAUUUAUAUGCAAUACUGUACCAUAAACUGUUCAUUAUACGUUUCUUAAUAAAACACGAUCCGCAAAACAAUUUCCGUUUCUUGUAAACUUUUUAAAAAAUCAAUUGAAAGCAUUCGAAGUUUUUAAUUGAUUUCUUAUCUGUAUUCAAAUUUGUCGUUCUUUAAAAUAUUAUUUUGUAUGUUCCAUAUCUUAUAUUUCCAAAAAAACAAUAUGUAAAAAUACAAUUUGUUGUGUUUAUGGAUUUUUACUAGCAUAAUUAUCUGUAAAAAGUGUAAAAAAUAAA